AUGGAGGAAACAGCUCCAGGGGAGACUUCAAGGCGUCAAGCGCAACUAAAAGAGAAAUGGAAGUCAAAGCUCCUACAUCCCGCUUGCACGGAUUCUGCCACUCCCCCGUACGGGGACUACGCAGCGAACCGCAUCUACGAGUCUAUUAAGAAGAGCGCGACACCGCGUCCCUCUUGUCAGGUGACUCGGCACCCGGCGGGCGGCGGCCGGCGGGCGGCGGGCGGCGGGCGGCUCCCGAGGCGGCUCCUCCGGGACCCCCAAGCCGCCCAGCGAGCCGCCGACAGGACCGGCGGGACGCGCCCCCGCACUCCCACCCGCCAGACUCCGACCAGGACCCGGCCACGUCCGCGGCCCCCGCCCCCCCCCCGCUGGCGCGCCCACUGCAGACCGCCCGCCGCGAACUCACCCCGGGCCCGCGGGGCAGGCGCUCGGCGCCCCGGGGGUCUGUCCGCCGCCGCGCGUCCCUCCGGGCGGCUACGGAAAGCGAGCGGAGUCAGGCCGCCUCCAGGCCCCGGUUCGCGCGCCCCGCAGCCGCGGCCCCGCCUGUGUGCCGGCCGCGCUCGGGGCCCUGCCGGCGGGGGGCAGGCGGCGGCCUCCGGGGAGGCGGGGCGCGCGGACGGGGGCGGGGCUGCGCGCGUCCUGGGCCUCCUGAGCGCGUCCUCCUGCCUCCGCCCCGCCGUCGGGUGGGAGCGGACGCGAGCGGCCUGCAAAGAAGGGGUCCGCCCUGCGCCCCGGCGUCCCCGAGCGUGCAGCUGCCCCGGACUCUGCCUUGGAUCACGGUCCGAAGGCCGCCGCGCGGGAGGACCCGACCUGCAGACGCCCCAUCGUCCUAGGAUGGGGGCACCCGGGGUGUCGCCGACUGGCGGGGGGUGGGUUCGCCGCCCUCCCGGGGCCGGGGCCCGAAGCCCAAACCGCCCACUGGCCGCGCGACACUGGACUCGCAGCCGCAGUGAGGGACUCACCAGGUCCCGGCGACGGAGGGGGGUGAAUGACCCCCCCGGGACGACCGGCGGCUCGAGCCUCGGGUCCAGUAUUUCAUCAAGAACCGAAAAAUGGGUAAUAUAUCAAUUCCAUCAUUCCUCCUAUGUUUAUGAAUUGGAAUUCUUGUAUAAGGAAAUAUGGUUCAGUGACCCCAAGGUGAAGUUUAUACUGGAAAGUCAAGGUAAGUGCUGA